GCCGCCGCCGCCGCCGCCGCCGCCGGGGAGACGCCGAGAGCGGAGCCGGCGCGGGUCCCGGAGGAGAGCGCAGCCACCGGGCGCUCGGUCCCCGUCCCGGUCGAGGCCAGGGGCGCGCGGCGAUGUGAGCCAUGAGCGCGGCGUGGACGCUGUCCCCGGAGCCGCUGCCGCCGUCGACGGGGCCGCCGGUGGGCGCGGGCCUGGACGCGGAGCAGCGCACGGUGUUCGCCUUCGUGCUGUGCCUGCUCGUGGUGCUGGUGCUGCUGAUGGUGCGCUGCGUGCGCAUCCUGCUCGACCCCUACAGCCGCAUGCCCGCCUCGUCCUGGACCGACCACAAGGAGGCGCUCGAGCGCGGGCAGUUCGACUACGCGCUGGUCUGAGCCUGCCGGGGCCUCCCUCCGAGGGCCCACCCGACGGGGGCGCCGCCUGGCAGGGACCGCGCUCGGCACCCCGCCCCGCAGCCUAGCCCGA